AUGGAACUAGUAUUUCUCGGUACAGGAAGUAAUAAUCCUACACCACAUCGUGGUGCUUCUUCGUUGGCACUUCGUCAAAAUGGUUUAGUUUACUUGUUUGACUGUGGCGAGGGCACUCAAAUUCAAUUAAUGAAAAGUAAUUUAAAAUUUGGUAGAAUAACAAAAAUUUUCAUUACUCAUUUGCAUGGUGAUCAUCUAUUCGGUUUAAGUGGCUUAUUAUGUAGUUUAUCGUCUGGUAUGACGAAGAAUCAACACGAAAAUGAUGGAACAGAAACUGAAAGUCAAGAUGUGGCACCAAGUGUCAUUCUUUACGGUCCACUCGGAUUGCGAAAGUACGUCGAAACAACUCUGUCACUUUCGAGCUCAAAACUUGUAUUUAAAUAUGAUAUAUAUGAGUUAAUUCCAAAUCCCGAUGAUGGCAUCAUUUUAUCUCAAGAUGAUACCGAUGUUUUGUUCAAAGACUCUCAGACAAAGACAGUAUCUGCGGAAUUUAUUUCUGAUCCUAGUCAUGAAAAAGGUGGUUAUUAUCAAUAUCAUUUAUCAACCGAUGACAAUUGUAAUGUUUAUGCUGUAUCUAUUAAACACCGACUUCCAACGUAUGGUUUUAUCAUCAUCGAAAAUAACCUUCCAGGAAAAUUUGAUAUUCAAAAAUUACAAAAAGAACACGGACUGAAACCGGGGCCGUUUUGUUCAAAAUUGAAAGCUGGUGAACAAGUCACACUAGAGAGUGGUUUAGUAUUAAAACCAGAGGAAUUUGUUGGACCAUCGAGAACAGGAAGAAAAAUUGUUAUUUUGGGUGACUGUUCUAACGCUAUGAACAUCAUUCCAUUAGCAAUGAACUGUGAUAUUCUCGUUCAUGAAGCAACACAUGAUGAUACGUUAAAAGAAAAAGCAAUUGAAUUUGGACAUUCGACACCAUCAAUGGCAGCCGAUGUCGCUGAAAAAUGUAAUGCAAAAUGUUUGUUAUUGAAUCAUUUUAGUCAACGAUACCGUCCGGUUAAACAAGAAGGCAAACUAGAUUCAACAAAUGCAAAAAAAGCUAAAAACGAAGAUACUGAAGACGAUAUAACAACAGAUUUAUUAUUAUCACAAGCAAAACAGUGUUAUCCAUCUCGACCAGUAUUUAUUGCUGAAGAUUUCUUUACUUAUACGUUACAGUUACCAAAAUAG